AUGACAGUGCUUCGCUGGCUGCCUGAGGUUGGCUGGAUGCUCAGCUUCCCCGAACGCUGCUUUGCCAUGGCCGACGAGGCGGGAGCGCAUUGCAAAUUCGCAUCCAGUGUUGUCGGGGCGCUCAGCUUUACGCUCAGCUUUAGCGCUGCUGCCAUUCACCUGGUCAAGCGCCUUGCUCUUGAGCAUCUAGCUCGGUUUGGGGAUGAAGGCCUCUUGAGAGAAAGAGCCAUGCCGCAGAGACCAGACGGACGCCUGGAAGGCGCGCAGAGGUUUGCUGGCGUCAACUACGCACUGUAUCGGAAGCGGCUUAAGCAGGCUUUUUUACUUGCAUCCAUCGAGUACAAGCUGCAAAAUGCGCAGUAUGUGCCCCCGAAACAGCGUGAGCUGCAAAGACAAGCUCUGAAUCGCCGGCGCAACUCUAUAAUGCAAGGCGUGACUGUCGAUCUGCCUGACAGCAUGAAGCUGGCAGAGGACUUUGGCUGA